GAGGGGCGCCUCGGCAGGGGCGCGGGCUGGGGGCGGGCGCCGGCUCCCCGCCCGCGCCCGGCGCUGGGCAGGCCCGACCCCCCACAACCCCGCCCGCUAGGAGCUCCGGCUGCAAAGGCCCAUUGGGUCGGGUUGGGUCAGGUCGGGUCGGGUCGGGUGGCGGCUCCCGUGGCCCGGGGCGCCUUCCCUGCGCCCCUAGGACUCGUCCGUUGGCUUGCUGGUUCUGUGGUCCGGGAGUCAUCUGGAUAGGGGUGACGGCGGCCCCAGUUCCAGGCCCACCGAGUGGAAAGGAAGGUCCGGAGGCGGAGCGCCCGGCACCGCGCCCGAGGCCACCAGAGCCCGUUAGCUGGGCCCGUUUCGCAAGCGAAGCCCCGAGGUUUCCUUUCUGGUCUGGUAGAGCCCCAGGGUCCUCACCAUGGACUUCCAGCAUCGCCCCGGAGGCAAGACCGGGAGUGGGGGCGUGGCCUCCUCCUCUGAGAGCAACCGGGACCGUAGGGAGCGCCUCCGGCAGCUGGCCCUGGAAACCAUCGACAUCAACAAGGACCCGUACUUCAUGAAGAACCAUCUGGGCUCCUACGAGUGCAAGCUGUGCCUGACGCUGCACAACAAUGAGGGGAGUUACCUCGCGCACACCCAAGGGAAAAAGCAUCAGACCAACUUGGCCCGGCGAGCAGCCAAGGAGGCCAAGGAGGCCCCCGCCCAGCCGGCGCCAGAGAAGGUCAAGGUGGAGGUGAAGAAGUUCGUGAAGAUCGGCCGCCCGGGCUACAAAGUGACCAAGCAGAGGGACACGGAGAUGGGUCAGCAGAGCCUCCUAUUCCAGAUCGACUACCCCGAGAUUGCCGAGGGCAUCAUGCCCCGCCACCGCUUCAUGUCCGCCUACGAGCAGAGGAUCGAGCCUCCGGACCGACGCUGGCAGUACCUGCUCAUGGCCGCCGAGCCCUACGAGACCAUCGCCUUCAAGGUGCCAAGCAGGGAGAUUGACAAGGCUGAAGGCAAGUUUUGGACUCACUGGAACCGGGAAACUAAGCAGUUUUUCCUCCAGUUCCACUUUAAGAUGGAGAAGCCACCGGCCCCGCCGAGCCUCCCCGCAGGGCCUCCUGGGGUGAAGCGGCCCCCACCCCCGCUGAUGAAUGGUUUGCCCCCUCGGCCACCACUGCCCGAGUCAUUGCCCCCGCCCCCGCCAGGAGGCCUGCCCCUGCCCCCCAUGCCGCCCAGUGGGCCUGCGUCCUCGGGGCCCCCGGGCCCUCCUCAGCUGCCCCCACCAGCUCCCGGUGUCCACCCCCCAGCACCAGUGGUCCACCCCCCGGCGUCUGGAGUGCACCCCCCAGCUCCUGGGGUCCACCCACCGGCACCAGUGGUCCACCCACCAGCAUCUGGGGUCCACCCCCCUGCUCCGGGGGUGCAUCCCCCAGCCCCGGGGGUCCACCCUCCAGCACCAGGGGUCCACCCUCCAGCCCCCGGGGUCCAUCCUCCCCCAUCUGCUGGGGUUCACCCCCAGGCCCCAGGGGUGCACCCACCAGCUCCUGCAGUUCACCCCCAGGCCCCGGGGGUCCAUCCACCAGCUCCCGGGGUCCACCCCCCAGCCCCAGGGAUCCACCCCCAGCCUCCUGGGGUCCACCCCCCACCUCCUGGGGUCCACCCAUCAGCUCCUGGGGUCCAUCCUCCAGCUCCUGGGGUCCAUCCCCAGCCUCCUGGAGUUCACCCCUCAAAUCCCGGGGUGCAUCCCCCAACUCCCAUGCCUCCGAUGCUGAGGCCCCCGCUGCCCUCCGAAGGCCCUGGGAACAUUCCUCCGCCUCCCCCCACCAACUGAAAAGCUACCCCUGUCCCAGCAAGUCUGGCCUUGUUUUCGUGUGUUCCGCCCCCCACAGUGAAGUUGUUUUUUGUACAGGGCUGGGCCGUGUUCCCAGAGCCCAUUAAAGAGUCUCUGCUAACCUUG